CCCGAGUUCAUAUGGAGUUGUUAACGCUGUCGCUUUUACUGCUGUUGCUGGGAUUGCAGCCACCACCGGGCAGCAGUCAGUUUAAUGUGGAGAAUAACUUUCGCAACAUGCAGGUGCGUCUGGCCACAAGCCCUACAACGGCCAGCAGUUUGCACGCCGGUCGUGUGGAAGUUAGCUUUGACUAUGGCGAGACCUGGGGCACCAUUUGUGCUACAACGUGGACGAAGCGGGAGGGUAAUGUAGUUUGUCGACAGCUGGGGCUGGGCUACGCCUCGAUGGCUGCUCAGAGCACAGAGUUUGGUGAUAGCCGCGAGCACCCCUGGGGCAUGGUAGGGACGCGUUGUCGCGGCAUGGAAUCAAAGCUGGCGCAAUGCUUCCGCGAGCCGAGCUAUCCCACUGUGUGCAAUGCAAGCAAUCGCAAUAUUAGCACUGUGGCUUGUGUCAGUAAAUCGCCGGAUUUGGAAAUUGGUUUGGUGGACAUUGAGGUAAGCGCAUAUUUGGCAAAUGUGCCCAUGACACAGCUCGCCUGCGCCAUGGAGGAGAAUUGUGUAUCGGCGGAUGCGUAUGUUAUACGGCGUACGAAUCCAGCCGGGAUACGCAAGCUGCUGCGCUUCUCUGUCAAGGCCUCGAAUGUGGGCAAUGCAGACAUCAGUCCGUAUGUCAAUUACAAGGAUUGGGAAUGGCAUCAGUGCCACAUGCACUUUCACAGCAUGAAAGUGUUUGCCACCUUCGACGUGUACAAUCAUAACUAUAAAAAGAUCGCCCAGGGCCACAAGGCUUCCUUCUGCCUGAUGGACACCGAGUGCAAUGUGGGCGUGACCAAAAAGUACUACUGCGGCAACACCACGCAGGGCAUCACCGCAGGUUGCGCGGACGUUUACAGUCAUGUGCUGGACUGCCAGUGGGUGGACGUAACUACGGUGCCUGUCAAUCAAACGUACAUACUGCGUGUGGCGCUCAAUCCGGAAUACAUGCUAGGCGAAAUGUCCUUUGAGAAUAAUGGCGCCGAAUGCAAGUUGCACUACACGGGCGAUGCGACCAGCACGCGCGUCUCGCACUGCAGGCGCAUGCCCUUGUGGCAUUAGCAAAUAGAUAAUUAUAAUACUAAUUAGCAUAGGCUUCUC